AUGGAGGUUAUAAUGACAAUGUUGUGGCGUCGCCGAGGAGAGGUAUUGGUGAAAGACCGAGCAGUAUUCGUAGAGAGUGCCUUCACUUCACUUGUGGCUUCAAUGUACCCGGUAUUUAAGAUAUGCGAUGACAAAAGUGCGUUCGACUGGGGAAACAACGUUCGGAGCUUUGUUUCGGGUAAAAGUCAAGGGAAAAAAACUGAAGUCCGAAUUUGUGACGAACGUGGACAUGUUGUACGUCCCGAUGAACUGGGUAAUGAUCACUGGGUUGGUUUGGUGAUAGACAUUCCCGGAAGUUAUGUGGAAGUACUUGACCCGUACGUCGACUACAACCAUAAAGAAGCUGUGGUCGAAGCGUACAUGGAACCGGUCGUUCAGUCAAUGCCUUGGAUAUUGAAGCGUUACGUGGGACCCAAUGUGACUACGCACAUGACCACCAAUGCAUACGGGUGGGCGAGGACCGGUGGUCUGUAUCAAAACACUAGGGCUGGUGAUUGCAGACCUUGCGCGGCGAAGUUCCUAGAGAUGCACGCACACAGGCUUCACGAAGAAAUGUCUACGGUGACCGAUGAAGGAUGUGGAUAG